AUGCUGCACCUGAAAGUCCAGUUUCUGGAUGACUCCCAGAAGAUCUUUGUAGUUGAUCAAAAAUCCUGUGGAAAAGGGCUGUUCAACCUCACCUGCAGCCACCUCAACCUUGUGGAGAAGGAGUACUUUGGGCUGGAGUUUCGCAGCCAGGCUGGGAACCACGUGUGGCUGGAACCACUAAAACCCAUAACAAAGCAAAUCAAAAAUCCUAAGGAGGUUCUUUUCAAAUUUAUGGUGAAAUUUUUCCCAGUGGACCCCAGCCAUCUGAGAGAAGAGCUGACCAGGUACCUCUUCACCCUCCAGAUCAAGAAGGACCUGGCACUGGGGCGGCUGCCCUGCAGCGACAAGAGCGCGGCGCUGCUCGUCUCCCACCUGCUGCAGUCAGAACUGGGUGACUUCCACGAGGAGACGGACCAGCAGCACCUGGCAAGCCACAGGUACCUGCCCAACCAGGAGUACCUGGACAACAAGAUCAUGCACUACCACCGGAGACACCGGGGGAAGACACCGGCCGAGUCAGACGUUCAGCUGCUGGAUGUGGCCAGGAAGCUGGAGAUGUACGGGAUUCGCCCGCACCCCGCCAGCGACGGCGAGGGGACGCAGAUCAACCUGGCCGUGACACACAUGGGAGUGCUGGUCCUGCGGGGCAAUACAAAGAUCAACACAUUCAACUGGUCCAAAAUUCGCAAACUGAGUUUCAAGAGGAAGCAUUUUCUCAUCAAGCUCCAUGCAAACAUCUCUGCACUGUGCAAGGACACACUGGAGUUCACCAUGGCGAGCCGGGAUGCCUGCAAGGCUUUCUGGAAGACAUGCGUGGAGUACCAUGCCUUCUUCAGGCUGUCUGAAGAGCCCAAGUCAAAGCCCAAAGCCCUUCUGUGCAGCAAGGGCUCCAGUUUCCGCUACAGUGGGAGGACGCAGAGGCAGCUGCUGGAGCACGGGAGGAAAGCGAAGAUGAAGAGCCUGCCCUUUGAGAGGAAGCACUACACAUCCCGCUACGAUGAGAGGGUCCCCGAGCCCAUGCGGGACAGCCGGCGCCGGAGCUCCGCCGUGGAGGUGACAUUUGCCACCGAGCUGGAGCGCUCCAAGCCUGAAGCAACGCCCGCCUUCCUGUCCCACUCCAAAAGCUCUUCCGCCUUCCCCCUGCUCUAUGCCGAGCUGGAGCUGGAGAGGGC